AUGACCAGGGGUGCUUGGAUGUGUCGGCAGUAUGACGACGGCUUAAAAAUCUGGUUGGCCGCACCCCGGGAGAACGAGAAACCGUUCAUCGAUUCAGAGAGGGCUCAGAAAUGGCGACUGUCUCUGGCAUCUCUCUUGUUUUUCACAGUCCUGCUCUCUGAUCACUUGUGGUUCUGCGCCGAGGCCAAGCUGACCCGGGCCCGGGACAAGGAGCAGCAGCAGCAGCAGCAGCAACAUCAGCAGCAUCAGCAGCAGCAGCGGCAGCAGCAGCAGCGGCAGCGGCAGCAGCAGCAGCAGCAGCAGCAGCGGCAGCGGCAGCAGGAGCCCUCCUGGCCCGCGCUCCUGGCGAGCAUGGGGGAGUCCUCGCCCGCCGCCCAGGCGCACAGACUCCUCUCCGCCUCCUCGUCCCCCACCCUGCCCCCCUCCCCGGGAGACGGCGGCGGCGGCAAGGGCGACCGAGGCAAAAACAACCGGAGCAAGGCUCUUUUUCUAGGAAACUCUGCCAAACCGCUGUGGCGCCUGGAGACUUGUUACCCCCAGGGCGCCUCUUCGGGCCAGUGCUUCACGGUGGAGAGCGCGGACGCCGUGUGCGCCAGGAACUGGAGUCGGGGGGUGGCGGCCGCGGGGGAGGAGCAGCAGGUGAGGGGGACGCAUCCAACUCCGCUCUGGAACUUGUCAGAUUUUUACCUUUCGUUUUGUAAUUCCUACACACUUUGGGAAUUGUUCUCGGGGUUAUCCAGUCCCAACACUUUGAACUGUAGUCUGGAUGUGGUGCUCAAGGAGGGCGGCGAGAUGGCCACUUGCCGGCAGUGCGUCGAGGCUUACCAAGACUACGACCACCACGCUCAGGAGAAAUACGAAGAGUUUGAGAGUGUGCUCCAUAAAUAUUUACAGUCGGAGGAGUACUCGGUGAAAUCCUGUCCUGAAGACUGUAAGAUUGUCUACAAAGCCUGGCUGUGUUCCCAGUACUUUGAAGUCGCACAGUUUAACUGCAGAAAGACAAUUCCUUGCAAGCAAUACUGUUUGGAGGUUCAGACGAGGUGUCCGUUCAUAUUGCCCGACAACGAUGAAGUCAUCUAUGGGGGACUGUCCAGUUUCAUCUGUACAGGGCUCUACGAAACCUUCCUAACCAAUGAUGAACCCGAAUGCUGUGAUGUCAGGAGAGAAGAGCGCCCCAGCAAGCCCUCCAGAGGGACGGUGGGGACCAGCGGCCCCUGUCACAGGACGUCACUCACAGUGUCAUCAGCAACCAGACUGUGCAACAGCAGACUCAAACUGUGUGUGCUCGUACUGAUUCUCCUGCACACAGUGCUCACGGCCUCCGCGGCGCAGAACAGCACGGCGCUGAGCGUAGGGGGCAUCAACGCGCUGGAAGACAGCUCGGCGCGCGAGGAGUAG